UGCGAGCCUCCAGUAUCUUCCCCAUCAUGAGUGUGAUCCUGCUCUUCAUGGGAGGGCUGUGUAUAGCUGCCAGCGAGUUCUACAAGUCACGCCACAACAUCAUCCUCAGCGCAGGCAUCCUCUUCGUCUCCGCAGGACUGAGUAACAUCAUCGGCAUCAUCGUCUACAUAUCAGCCAACGCGGGCGACCCGUCCAAGUCGGACUCGAAGAAGAACAGUUAUUCCUAUGGCUGGUCGUUCUACUUCGGCGCCCUCUCCUUCAUCAUGGCCGAGAUGGUGGGCGUGCUCGCCGUGCACAUGUUCAUCGACCGCCACCGGCAGCUCCGCGUGGGGGCCGCCAUCAGUGCCGCCGACUACCUCCAGGGCGCCGCCAUCACGCGCAUCCCGUCCUACCGCUACCGUUACCGGGGACGCUCGCGCUCCAGCUCCCGUUCCACCGGGGACGCAUCCCGGGACACGUCACCGGUGGGGCUGAAGGCAUUCGGGGCGCUGCCGUCGACGGAGCUGUCCAUGUACACGUUGCCGCGGGAUACGCUGAAGAACCAGACAGGCACGCCGACAGCCGCCUAUAACUCAACCACGUUGGAACGAGACCACAGCUUCCUCCAGGUCCACAACAGUAUUCAGAAAGACCUGACGGACACGGGCAACGCAGCUAACCGCCGCACCACACCUGUAUGAGAGACAGAGAGAUGGAGGGAGAG